CCCUCCUCUUGGAUCAGUUAUCGAACGCCAUGGUUUCGAGCUAAGAGAACGGAGACACUAAAAAGCGGACAAUCGUAUCUUGUUCAAGUGGGAAUUUGUUGAAAUCGUCCCUUGUUUUUUGGCAAAAUUACCCGGAGAUUUUCAAAUUAGAGAAAAAAGAGCGCGCGGAACUUCAUUUAUGUUCACCGAAUCUUGUGCCAGUUGUGCUUCGGACUCGUUUCCCAACCGUUGUUGAGAGUUUUCACCGGAAAAUGUGACUGACUUGUGUUGGGUUCAGUUGUUUUUGUUUUUGCUCCUUUUUGGUUGCAUAUGGACUUUAAGUGUACGUUUCGACCAAGUGUGGAUUAUUGAAAGCGAUUUAACCCCGAGGUUCUACAACCGCUCUACAAUAUCGCAUCCCUUCGCUCCGGGGUGGCCAUUCGCCAUGCUCGGCAGCCCCGCUGGGCCGGGGGGAGCCCCCCAAAGGGGGCUUUGGCCCCUGGCCCCGGCACAAACUCCAUCAGCAACGAGUUUUUCCACUGACGGACUGAGUAAAUAUGGCUUGUAUUCACUCUUCCCCGGAACAGCGGCCUUUGGAAGCGCGCUUUACUCGCAUGCAAGCACGAUCGGACGUUUCGCCUCCGGCCACAUACAGCAAUCAUCAGGGAACACCUUUCAUGCGGCGCACAAAGUUUCAGAUUCUUUGUUCUCCGCUACUGGUUACACUUUCGGGGCAUCAACGCCGCCCCCAGGUUCUCCAUACUCCCCCAUACCGGUCGCCCAGCUGGAGUUGCUCACAAAGGGAUACUCGAACAACAUCAUAAUUCAGCAACAGCCCCCCGACUAUCCGCCAAGCCCGAAAAAGAUCCAUAUAGCGGAGAAACGGUGCGAUGAAAAAUGCUGUUCGAUUCAACAAAAGUCCCAAAAACUAUGCCCCUGUCCAUCGUCGCAAAUGAAGAAGAUUCAAGAGUUGUCGAUCUCAGGAUGUUCCAGAACAAAUCCCAUUGAAUGGGCGGGAGUGAAUGUGAAAAAAGAACCUGGAACGCCAUGCCAAGUGGCCGAAAUUUCGACCAGCGCAUCUCCAGUGGUCAAACUGGAGGUAACUUCUCCAAUCCAGAAGCAUGGAAUGGAGGCGAUGAAUCUUGGAGGAUCGAUGAUUAAUAGCAAUGGAGCCCAAAUUCCCGUUGGAAUAGCUGUAGCAAGACAAAGAGUCCAACAUGAACUGCUGGGGUCUCCUUCCUUACCGCCAGCCGGUCUUCUAGCCACUGUUAAUGCAAGCGGAGCUCAAAUUAAGGAAAUUGACAAUGCAGGAACUAUGGCAAGCAUGGCAAGCAUGGCUGCAGGCACGUCAGGGGCGGUACCUGGAGGCGGGGGCCUCCUGCAAUGUGCCGACGAUCGUUCACAAGGAUUGGCGGCGUGGCAAGUGGGCGGCAGUCACAAUCAAACCUUGACCACCCCCACAUUGUGGCAAUAUCCUGCGCCGGUUCCGAUGGAACCAAUGGUUCCACUUCCGGUACCCACAAUACCCCCGGUGGGGUUUCAACUAGUACGCGAUGCCAGUACUGGCGGGCUGCUUUUCUUGCCCACAACUACCGGAAUAGAGCCUCUCCAGCAAGCGGUGGUUUGGCCCAGUUAUCAUCAACCCUCUUCAGUGUUGCUGCCGUCUCUUUCGUCUAUGCAACCGCCACCUCUUCAGUUGCUCAGUUCAGCAUCGUCAGACUAUCUGGCAAGCAGUACCACUUUGCAUCAGCACACGCAAACGCAUAGCACCAGAUUGGUUGCAGUGACGACCGAUUCAAAGCGCAAACUUCCUCUACCUCUACCAACCACUGCCUUGAUCAAAAUCGAAGCCGACGGAUCGAUGGAUCAAACCAAGCUUCAAACCGUCAGCACUAUCGCUAAUAAUGCGGGUACUGUUUUCACCGAUCAAACGGUACCUUCGCUGGUGACAACCCAUGUGAUAUAUCAGCACCCUACAAACCUCAUCGUUUCUCAGAACCCCAUCCUUAGCACUGAGGCGGCAAGCUGCCGCUCCCAAGCCACUUCCCCGGUAAUUUCUUCGGAGUCGGUCCAACUUCAAGACGAAGAACACUUGAGCUCCUCGACUGUGCAGGACGCCAGCAACCAAACGGAUAGUCCAAUCUGCAGUGAGGACGACAACACCACGCAUGCCCUAUCAGACGUGAUUGGCGAGGAAAAAACGAAAUACACAUCCGAAGUGGUCGAACCAACACCAGAAGAACCACCAAGCGGACCUUUCGAACCGAACCGGGACGAAGAAAUGAUCGCCAGAAAGCUGACAGAAGGGGCAAACUUCCCCAGUGCAGCCCACGAAGAAGCCACUGGCGAUAAACUGGCCCAGCAGCCCGAUCUAAGUGGGCUGGAGUUGCUCUCCAACAGCAUUGUGGAGUUUGAAAGGACCAUCCAAAGUUCCGAAGAAACCCAAGAAGCUUCACCAGUCACCGCCGUAGAAGCGCCUGCUCCAACGGAAUCUUCCAGCCAAGUUGCCCUGGAUGACGCUCUUGGAGGCUUGGAAAUACUGUGCGCCUUGGCAGAACAGAGAAUCCGGGAGGAGAACAUAGAAAAGCCUUCAAGGAAGCACAAGCGCAAUCGAUCGAGAGAGAGGCAUCGAGAGCGUAAGCGCGAAAAGCGCAAGUCUCGCAAGCACUCCGCGGAUGAGCCGAAGAAAAAGAAACUUAAGGGCGGCAAGCACCGCUCUAGAGCUGAGAGGCACAAAGAGCGCGAACUCAGACGCCUGGAAAAGCGGCACUUUUCAGAAAGACUAGAGAUAGAAGCUGAGGCAUCGCAAAUGGGACAGUGUGCUUGCCAAUACAAGAACUACAAAACACCGGAAUCGGAGCUUGAAGUCAAAAGAUUCCUGGAGAGCAAAACGCGACCAUCUUAUUGCUGUAAAGGUGACUGGAACUGCAUGAAUUCCAUAGAGAUGGAGAUGCGGCUAAAGCUUGCGGAACUCCAGCGGGAGUAUCAGGAGAAGCGGAAGGAGCUGAGCAAGCUGAAGCCGAAAAAGCACUCCCACCGCUCCGAUUGUCUCAAGAGGAAAUCUAGAAAAAAGUCAGUCCAAUCCGAGCGAAGCACUUCGCCUGCAUCCAAAGACAAUGAAACCCCUGUACCGGAAAUAAAAGCUGAACUGUUGUUAAAACCCUCAAAACUAGGGGAGGUCCACAAGCGGCGACAUUCGCCUCCGGACUCUUCGACGGAAAACCACUCCUCCUCUAAGAAGAGGAAAGUGGGGCGCCCCAAGAGACUGAUGUCGACGAAUGAAAUACUGGGAACCGAAACAAUCGUGGCGAAGAAACUGAAAAGCAACUUCGUAGGACGCUUGUUGGCGGCUAAAGAGAAACUCACUCAACAAAGCGACGAGAAGUCGGCAGAUGCCACUCCGCCCAGGUAUGUGGAGGAACCGUACACGCACAAACUGAAAAAAGUGAAAAUCAACACUCCCGUUACGGAGGAAGCGAAGUCAUCCAAAAUGCGACCAACUCUCAAAGCAGAAGCCACAGUCAAAGUGAACGACGAUGACUCUCACUCAAUUGAAGACGAAGAUGAGUCGUUUGAAGACGACGCUAUUUUAGAUGAAAGUUUCGGAGAAUCAGUGCUGGGCGCUGAAGAUUCGGAAGUGCGCGAGACGAAUAACAACGAGAAAAAAGUUGAAGCCUCAAGUGGUGAGCGGGUUUCGAACCGAUGCACUUUAACGGACUCUCAUUUGGAAAUCGACAAAUUGAGAGUGUUAACUGCGAUGGGAGGAUUGUUCUACGCCGGCCAUCUGAACGCAAUCGAGCCACCUGAUGUUUACUCCAUCACCCUGGAUGGCGAGAGAGGAAACCGACCUCACAUUAUGUCAAGGGAGGAAAUCUUGCGGGAUGCGAUUGUAGAAAUAUCACCGAAAAGUACCGCAGAAUUAACGGCGGGCACUAGAUUGUGCGCCUACUGGAGCCAGCAAUACCGAUGCCUUUAUCCAGGAAGCGCUGCUGAGCCGGGCACUCCAGACCCACAACUGGACGCAAAAUUUGUUUCAGUCGAAUUUGACGACGGCGACAGCGGCAGAAUCGCCCUCCAAGACAUUCGACUGUUGCCUCCCAACUAUCCUGUCAUGGAAUACGACCCCAAUCCGCUUCUGAGCCUCUCCAGGCGGAAACGCAGAAUGUCAUCCAGCGUCUCGACGGAAGAAAAGCAGUCAUCCGAACCCCCCGUUGAAGAUGAAGCACAAACUGUCCUGUCUACCACUUCAAAAGAGCGUACGUCAUCUGAAAGCGAUCACCACAAGCAAAAGAAACGACUGAAGAAGAAAAAGAAGAAGAAGAAACACGAAUGCGCGGAGGAGGUGUGCACGCAUAAAAAGCAUAAAAAGCACAAGAAGCGCCGGAAACACCAUGGCGAACUCGACGAUGAGAUGCGAGCAUCUCAGCCAUUGGCCGAGCGAUCAAUGAUCUGCACAAUCAUUCAAGACGUGCGCCCCAAUAAUGAGGAAGAAGAAGAACAAGAGGAUCAGGACGAAGACGAGGAUCAGAAAGAGCAAGAGGAUCAGGACGAUCCAGAGCAUGAGGAGGAUCCAGGAAACGAGGAAGAACCAAAGGAUCAGGAAGAGCCAGAAAAUGAGGAAGAGCAAGAAGAACAAGAGGAACAGGAGGAGGAGGAAGCGCAAGACGCGGAAGAAGCGGAUGAGGAGCACGAGAGGGAGCCGCAACAGGACCAGGUAAUGAGGGAAAACGACUCACUAAGCUCACCAAUGGAGGAAAUAAUUGAAAAUGAUCAGUUCAUGGCGUCGGCAAUCUAUGCUGAGACGUCCAAUAUCAAAGGCUCGCCGUUGAUCGAAGCCGAUACCUCCAAGGACGAUAUUGAGGAAAAAAGUUCAUCGGAUUCAGAUUCGAAUUCGCCACGAGAACGGCAACCAUCCUGCGAAAGCAGAAGCAAAAUGAAUGCAUUUCUGCCUGCAGUUCAGCUCUGGCAUUGGUCCGGCAACUGUUACAAAACUUCCCGAGCAAAAGGGAAAGCGAAGAAGCAGUUCUACAAAUCCAUUCAGAGAAAGAAGGAAUCUAUAUCGGUUGGUGAUGCAGCAGUGUUCUUAUCCACUAGCAAGCCGGAUCGACCUUUUAUUGGUAAAAUCGAAUCGAUGUUCGAAUCGAGUGGAUCAAUGGUAGUCAGAGUCAAAUGGUAUUACCAUCCUGAGGAAACUAUAGGAGGUCCUACCAACCUGAAAUAUCCCGGUGCUCUAUUCGAGUCGAAUCACUUCGAUGAAAAUGAGGUCCAAACGAUAUCGCACAAAUGUGAUGUUGUUUCGUUGGCGGAAUUCAAAGAACGAAUUGGGGAUGAUGAAAGCGCAUAUGAGAGCGUCUAUGAAAACAACGAACUGUAUUACUUGGCAGGAUUUUAUCAGGCCUCUCAUCGAACGAUAGUGAUGAAUCGGGACAUACCAUUCACCAAUUGAUUUCGGUGUGGACUCUUGCUUUCUCACUUCAAGCGUGUGUAGAUACUUGUAUUACUUUAGAAUAGUAUGGACGGUGAAAUGCUGCCAUCUUUCGCAGGUGAGAAUUUUAUUCAAUUCCAUUCUGGCUAAUACUGGCAGCAUUAAAUGCCAUCGCGUACUAAACAAUCGUCGAAAUGAGCAAUACUAGUCGAUAGGUUGAUGUUUGAAGUACUAGUGAUGAUUUGGUGCUAUUUGUUCUUUGCGAACAGAAUGUAUUUGGACAGUUGCUGAGACCUUGCGAGGGCAAUGAAUGCAGAGAUAGUAAGUUUGCACUCUUUUGUUGUAUAUUUGAUUUUGGUCGGUUGUGUAGAAAUGAACAGUACAGUUUCCAGGAAAAUGUGGCUUUAUGAGAACCAAAUUUUGUCAAAUUUUGCUGGAAAUCACACUAAUACAAUUCAUUGUAUUAAUUCUAUUGGUACCAGUGGGGAUUUUCUUGUCAAAUUUCCUCUCAAUACAAUUCAAUAAACGUGUAAUUGUAUUGGACCCAGUGGAAAUUUUGUUGUAAAAUUUAUAUUAUACCUCUACAGGCGCUGUAAAUACAUAGAUUCUAAUAUUGUUAGUUACAUAUGUGUUUCGAAUACAUAUUGUCACACAAACUGAAAUAUAUAUAAAUAUAGAUAUAUAUUUUCAUAUUAGGGCCAAUAGCAAGGUCAUUUUGGUCUACUUUACUCGAUAUAAGGUACCUCGAAGCAAAAAUUAAUAACUAUUUCUAAAAUAUUUCACAAUCACCCAAUUAUGAAACGUUUGGACUGUAUCAAUGGUGCCUAAUUUUACUGUAUUUAUGACCUAAUGACUGUGAACUAUUGGACUAGGAUUAAGUGGAGAUCACCCUGUACGUUCACGGUAUAGUCAACAUUGAGCGUACAGAGUAGUUGAAAAUGCCAACGUUUAUUGAUCUUUUCUGAUGCCGAAUACAUACGUGUUUUACAUAUUACUACCCAGCCAAAGUGUCCAUUUAAAUGCUUUCACUCAACUCAUUUAAGCUUCCAUUCCAAACCGGAUAUUAACAGACAAUUCACAGAUCAAUAAAUGUUGGUAAACGUUAUAUUGAAAAAAAUCCGAUGACAAAAUGUUGGAAAAGUGAGACAUAUCUUUAAGGGGAAACAUAAAGGACUGCGAGACUGUGACUAAGAUAGUGAUAAGGCGAUUUUUGUCUUUCGGAUUUUGGAACUUGUAAAAAACCUACUAGUAAGUGUUGUGUCGUGCAAUGUAUUCGAUAAGAAAAUGUAGAAAAUCAAAAAGUAACUAUAGAUUUACAGAUUACUUCAGAGUAUUAUUUUAUUGACAUGUUUUCGUAAUAUAAACUAGAUCGUAGACUAGAGGAAAAAAAACAAAAAUACUUGACUGUCUUGAUAUUGUUGUAUGAUUAAAAAAAUAAGCGUAUACGAUUAUUUGUUAUAAUUGAGAAGAAGCUGUCUUUUUGCGUUAAAUGUUUUUUGUAAUUAGCGGUGCUUUUACAGUUGACUCUAUUUUAGGAGUUGAGAAAUAUAAUUUUGGCAAUGCCUGCUUAACUAUUCAUAUGUGAACAUGCAAUAGUUAAAACAGACAUCGGCUAAGUUCAUGUACGUAUUCAUAAUAUAAGUGAACUGCUGUUUGUUAACUUUUCCGCUCCCCAUCUGAAUAGUUCGCUAAUUUUAAUAUACUUGCGUAGCAUCUACGUCCAAAUAUUUUCUAGUACCCCGUUUGGUUUACUUUUGUAUUAUUUAAGUGUUACAAAUCAUUGAAAACAGUAUUCACUAUAAAUAAAUAAAUAAAUAAAUAAAUCUCUAUUUUGCCUCUUGAGCAAUCUGGUCCCAUUCAAAGAUCAGUAUUUUAUAGGAACACAAGCCAAGGUAGUUUGAUAUAAAGAUGAAAAUCCCAUAUGUAAAUACUUUUAGCUUGUAUAUAAUUAAUUGCUUUGCUCUCUUUUAUUUUAUUAAAUAUUCAGUCGAA